ACCGCUCGAAAGCAAACUGUCAGAUCGCAGAAACUUCCACAACACAAUCGACUCGUCGUCGCUCUUCUUGUGCAGUGAAUUUAAUUGGAUUUUCGGUGAAAAUUUAUCAAUUCCAUCUUAAAUUGUUGCUCUCGGGAGUGUUUAAAAGUGAAUCAUCGCAAAACUUGCCGAUAAAUGUGCGUCAAUAGUGCUGCAAGAUAAGAGAACAUCCUUCGUCACAAUCUGGCGAGCAAACAAUAACAGUGUGCAAUCAAACGUGGCUACGUUGAGAUCAAACGGCUAGAACCGAAGCAGCAGUAUGGCGGUUUACUGCUGGGGUAACACUGUCCACGGCGAACUGGGCCUCGGUGGCAUCGAGGAUGAACAGAUUCUACUACCCCGUGAAAUGGAUUGGUGCCAUUCGUCCAGCGUUCAGCAGGCGGCCUGUGGCACCACGCACACCCUGCUGCUGACCAAGGACGGGAAACUGUUCUCCUGCGGAAACAACGACCACGGACAGCUGGGGCACGACACGGACUGCCUACCUAACAAACGGCCACGUACGUGCCGCUUUAAGUUCAUCUCGUCCCUUGAAAAUUACAUCAUAACGCACGUCAGCUGCGGAACCACGCACUCGCUCGCCCUAACCAACUGGGGCCAAGUGUUCAGCUGGGGUUCGAACUCGAUCGGACAGCUGGGCCACGACAGCGAUCUCCAGACCUACACCACACCACGAAUGGUGAAAACGAUCGCCACGAAAACGGUGAUCCAGAUCGCUUCCGGACAGUUUCACUCGCUGGCGCUGACCAACAGUGGGGAACUGUUCUCGUGGGGUGCCAACGGGUACGGUCAGCUGGGAUUGGGAACGACCAGCGAGAAGGUCGUCACUCCGACGCUGGUGAAAUCGCUUGCCGGGAUUCCGAUUGCGUUCAUUGCUUGCGGAGGUAAUCACAGUUUCGCCGUUUCCAAAUCCGGUGCAAUAUUCGGCUGGGGAAAGAACACGUUCGGCCAGUUGGGGUUGAAUGAUCUCGUUUCUCGGUGUUUCCCGCAGCAGCUGAAAACCCUGAGGAAUCUAGGGGUUCGCUACAUCAGUUGCGGCGAUGAUUUCUCCGCCUUUCUGACGCAGGAGGGUGGCGUGUUCACAUGCGGGGCGGGAACGUUUGGCCAGUUGGGGCAUGGCACGUGUAGCAAUGAGAUUCUACCGAGGAUGGUGUUCGAGCUGAUGGGCAGUAAGAUUACGCAGAUUGCGUGCGGACGGAGGCAUACGUUGGCGUUUGUGCCGUCCAGAGGGAAGAUCUACGGGUUCGGGCUGGGCGGAGUCGGACAACUGGGCGUGGGUGUUAGUAGUAACUACAAUACACCGCAGAUCGUACGAGGGCCUUGGAUCGACCCGGGCCCGAAUGCAACACUCAACACUCUCACUACUCCGCCCGUGACUCAACUGAUCGUGGGAAAAAUUUUCGCCGGUGGCGAUCAAUGUUUCGUUUCCCUCUUCGAUGACGGCCCCGACAGCAUAGGUUCAGCGGACUAUCGUCUGUACGAUCCCAACACCCAGAUCCUUUCGAUGUCGUCCGAGAUUAGUCAAAAACUGUGCGGCAUUCAGCCGGAGGAAACCAUCGAUAUCGACCUGCUUAGCGUAAUCGAAACCGUGUUCAAGAGCUUGGCUUGCUUCAACGGAUCUUGGCUGCUGCCUUAUGAACAACAUCUGUGCUGUUCGUCCAAACAGCCCGGUGUAGACAUGGAAUCGGCCCACGAGGCAUUCGAAAACAUUCGCAAAAUUGAGCAUGAUACUCUGAAACAGUUGAUCUGGGAAUCGAUCUCGAGCGAUCUGAUCACCUCACUGGUGGCAUCCCCGGCCGAUGUGGAAACGCUACGAAUCUAUCUAACGCUGCCAAUGUAUCACGAGUUCAUCAAUUCCAAAAACUACUCAAAACUGCACUCGCCUUUCAGUUUAGCGGUUCAGAAGCUACAGAAAAAUCCGUACACGAUCGUUUGUCGGUGGUGGUCACAGCAAUCAGUAGAAUAUUUCGAACGCAUGGUAGAAAACUUCAAAAGCGUCAUCCUGUACAUAAUCCACUUCAAGUUUCCCCACGUGGUCGGGAGCAACGGAGAGGAACGGCAGGAAAUACGCUAUGAACCGAACUUGGCCGCGAUGCUGGAUAUUGUUGGAAUCCUGUACAAAAUCAAUCAUCUUGAGCGGAAACAAAAGCUGCCUUACGAACAGUUUCACAUCAACGAGAUAGACGACCUGAUCGACAUCCGGCUGGACUACGUCCGCUGGGUGACGGACAACAACGGAACAUACUUCUCGCUGUGCAACUAUCCCUUUAUCUUCAACGCCUCCGCCAAGAUGUACUUACUGCAGACGGAUCAGGGGUUACAGAUGCACCAAGCCAUGCAAAACGCAGCCCAUGCCAGUUUCUUGUCCAUGUUUACACCGGAUGUCAACGUGUCGCAGUUCAUUGUGUUGAACGUGUCCCGGGAGAACAUUGUGUCGGAUACCAUUCGGGAACUUGCUCAUUGUCCAACCAACGAGUUGAAGAAACCUCUGAAGAUCAAGUUUCACGGUGAGGAGGCCGAAGAUGCUGGGGGGUUGCGGAAGGAAUUCUUCAUGCUAGUGCUGAAAGACAUCCUGGAUCCCAAAUACGGCAUGUUCAAAACGUACGAGGAUUCCCGAGCCAUCUGGUUCAUGGAGGACUUCUACGACAAUGAUCCAAACAUGUUUAGCUUGAUUGGAGCCAUCUGCGGGUUGGCCAUCUACAACUUUACGAUCAUCAAUUUGCCGUUCCCCUUGGCGCUGUACAAGAAGCUGCUGGACGAGCCGGUGGGUUUGUCGGAUCUGAAAGACCUUUCGCCAACGGUGGCGCAGUCGAUGCAAAGUAUACUGGACUACGCGGAGCCGGACUUUGCGGAGGUGUUCGACCUGACGUUCUCCAUCACGCGGGAAUAUUUUGACGUGAUGCGGACGAUCGAGUUGCAGCCUGGGGGCGAUAAGAUGCGGGUCACCUUGGAUAACAAGGAAGAGUUCGUUCGGUUGUACAUCGACUACGUGUUGAACAAAUCGGUGGAGGAGUCCUUCAAACAGUUCCGGCUCGGAUUCAUGAAGGUUUGCGGCGGCAGCGUGCUGAAGUUGUUCAAGGCCCACGAACUGAUGGCGGUGGUCAUCGGGAACGAGGAGUACGACUGGCACGUUCUGGAGGAGAACGCUGAGUACAAAAAUGGCUACAAAUCCAGUGAUCCCACGAUUCGGUGGUUCUGGGAGGUCUUCCACGAGUUGCCACUGGAGGAAAAGAAAAAGUUUCUACUGUUUCUCACGGGCUGUGAUCGUAUACCACUUCAAGGCAUGAAAGCAAUAAAGAUCCACAUCCAACCGACCCCCGACGACAAGUUCCUGCCGGUGGCGCACACCUGCUUCAACCUGCUUGAUCUACCCCAGUACCAGACGAAGGAAAAACUCAAGUACAAGCUGCUUCAAGCGAUCCAGCAAACUCAGGGCUUCAGUCUGGUGUGAGUAGAGGGGGAACCACCGCCGUAACCGUGCAAAAACUGUAAGUAUGACGCCACCUUUUGUCAAAAUCUUUGGAAGAAACCCAAAUUCCGGUAGAAGUAGCACACCAAGACUGCCAGAAAUGAGAGCCGCCGUCGUCGGAACUAGUUCAACCUUACAAACCACAAACAAUAAAACAUUUAGAUAUAUAUCAUUUCUCAAAUAGUGUGCAAUGAGGUGUGUGUUACAUUCAACAACAA